CUCUAGAGUUCAUACAGGGGAUCUUAAUCGUCCGGCUAAAACAUAAACAUCCAAGCUCAGAAAAGUAGUGUUGUUUGAACUCAAGGUCGUCGUCUAGAUAUACCGCAGUUCAAGUGACUAACCUCCACCCACGCCGAAUCGCGUUCAAGCCCUGCGGGGAACACCUCACGCUGGCGAAUUCCACGACUGUCCCUAUUAUCAAACGAAGCGGCAGAUCCCAUCUGAAUACUAGUAGAGGCUUACAGUCGAAACCACAAUCAUGGCGAAAACGUUCUCCCCUGUUGCGCCAGUCAGCUGUAAUUACACAGUGGACACGAAGUCUUCAACCUUGAAGUCGGCUAACAUUAGGGUCAAUGAAGUACCGGCUAGCUUCAGGAUCUUGAAGCCGAAGCCAACUUCUGUUGGUGCUACUGUUCUGCCUCCGCUCACCGACGGCGUUCGCGUCGUUACGGCUGCGGAGUACAAGCAGGCUGCUGAGUGUCUGGCGGAAGCCUUCGGUCAGGACGAUGUUGCGAGAUACUUCAUAGACGUGCCCGAUCGUGCGCAUUGGACUGUGGAGCAAAAGUGGGCGCUACAUGUCGAGAUUCUCGAAUACAUAACGUAUGCUCACAUCCUCAAGGGACUAGUGACUACGGUGGGUGACUUUGAAGCAGUUGCUCUAUGGAUGCCACCCGGCCAGAACAUGGACGACUACCUGACUAUGUUCCGCUCUGGCAUGUGGCGCCUCAACUAUCGCCUCUCCGCCGAGGGGAAACGGCGCUUCUUCGACGAAUUCUUGCCCCUCCUCCACGAUACCAUGCACACCACGCUUGGUGAGCGAGAGCAUAACGCCUGGUACCUUGUCUACCUAGGCACUAGGCCCAGUGGCCGUGGCAAAGGUCACGCUCGUAGCCUCAUUGAGCAUGUAACGAAGCUUGCGGACCGCGAAGGCAGACCAUGCUACUUGGAGUCGAGUAACGCCACGAACCCUCCGAUUUACAGGAAGUUUGGUUUCGAAGAGACGAGGCAGAUCAACCUUCAGAGGGGUGGAAGAAACAUUCCGCUGGACAUCAUGGUCAGGGAACCCAUGGGCAUGGAGAAGAAGAGUGGCACGCCAACCUAGGAAAAAACUGAACAUCCUAGAGCCUACGUUGACGUUAGGUCACCUACUUUGCAUGUUUUCGUUUUGAUGUAGUCUGCAAAUCUGUUGAGGUUUUUGCUUGUACGAGGUGGUGGUUUGUAGGAGACUGGUAGGGCACUGAGGGCAUAACACCAUUUCAACA